UAACCUCGACUCUAAAUAAAACAAAACAAAGAAACCAAAACGAGAAAUGGAUAAAAUAUCUAAAGAACUAAAUAUAAACAGUAAAAAUAUUUUUGUGACUUCAUCACCGACAGUAUUCGCGGUCGUCGUCCACAAUACUUGGCUAAGAAAGUGGUUGAAAAACGUUGAAAUUGAUAACUGUGUGAAUAACUUGGAUUUUACUUUGCAACCAGGUGAAAGUGUACCUUAUCCGUGGAAAAAGAUAUUUAUAAGGGUACUAGAUAAAAAGACAUCGAAAGUUUUACCUUUGCCUCGAUAUAAGUUAAAUGAAACGAAUGCAGAGACGCCUCUUACGUUCUCGCAAUUACUACAGUAUGUAUCACAAAGCAAUCAACGAAACUUAUGGAAGGAGUCUUAUAAGAAAUACUGUCAAAAUGAUAGCAACAAGGAAAGUACCAUAGUGAACCUUUUAGAACAUGAUCAGCUGUUAACAGAAGUUCUAAUAAGAUUGUAUGGCUGUAAUAUAAUUAGAAUAAGGUCUGAUGGCAAAUUUACUGAGUACAAAGAUGUUACUGGCAAGCAGGUGUCUAAGUCAUAUGAUACCCAUGUCAAUUUAUUAGCAGCUAUGUACGUUUUAGAGAGCGACAAUAACUAUUUUGUAGUGUACAGGGGACAUUACGAGAAUAAUUUAUUAGAUUGCCUUAACUUCAGUCCACAUUUAAUAGAUAAGACUUAUGCUAGAGGUUUACUCAUUGUUUAUCAAUUGUUGAAUGUGUCUAAAGCUUUGUGUGACCGAGGACUUAGUUUGGGAACUUUAACUCUCCGUGAUAUAUAUUUGUCGGAGGAUUUGUGGUUGCAAAUAGUACCACCGAUAGUAAACAACAUACACUGUCUGGAUCCGUCAUUGAUAUGUGAACAGAAUCGCAGUAAACAGAGUACGAAUCAAAAUCAACCAAUCAACAGUCAGAAUACACCUGAAAGAGGGGAGGAAUGGUGUUGGCGCAGUGAUGCAGUACAACUAGAGAAGUUAUGUAUGCUCUGGGUGAAAGGGAGGAUAUCUAACUUGGAUUAUUUGCUGCAUUUGAAUGUCCUUGCUGGUAGAUCCGCCCAUGAUCCUCAGUCACAUUUUAUGGUUCCAUGGGUCACUGAUUUCAGUUCCAGAUGUGGUCGCAAUUGGCGAGAUUUAACCAAGUCGAAGUAUCGUCUGAACAAAGGCGAUCGUCAGCUGGACAUGACUUAUGACGUCACGAGUACUAACGGCCAGAUCCCGCAUCACGUUACGGACGCAUUAUCUGACAUCACUUGUUACGUUUACUUAGCACGCAGGACUCCAAAGGACACCCUCUGUAAAUACGUGCGCAACAAAUGGGUGCCAGCAGAGUACCCUGCAUCAAUACAGCGCAUGCAGGAGUGGACGCCAGACGAGUGUGUGCCAGAGUUCUAUACCGACCCCACUGUGUUCAAAAGUAUACACGAAGAUUUGCCUGAUUUAGGUAUUCCGUCCUGGGCGACUUGCGUGGAGGACUUUAUAACGAAGCACAGAGAGGCUCUAGAAAGCACUUAUGUGUCAGAGAAUCUUCACCAUUGGAUUGAUAUCACGUUUGGUUACAAGCUCUCUGGUUCAGCGGCAGUGAAAGCAAAGAACGUCUGCCUAUCUCUGGUAGACGGCCACACUCAUACUAGACGGGGAGCGACCGUACAGUUGCUGACCGCACCGCACCCGCCGAGACGCAUGCGUUUGCCGCCGCCCGCACCUCCCAGACUGCGGUGGACUGCCCCUAGAGAUGCCAAAAAGUAUGUUCGCGAAAGCUCGGAUGAAAUAUCUGAUGAAGAAGAAGAGUCCAGCAGUCUUCCCCAACAUAUAUCUAGAUUACACGUCCCGUCCCAAAGAACGCGUCGACACAAAAGCAGCACCAGAGCUCGAUCUCUAUGUAAGAGCCAAGAGGAAGAUGUUUCCAGCAUCGAAAGUAGGGCAUCCUCCCACUCAAGGCAUUACAGAGUACAACGAUCAGAACUCGGCAAAGGAGUGAUAUACUUACCCAAGGAAUACAACCCUGCAGCCACAAUACAGGCUUUGGAGACUUUGGACAAUUUCCGAACAAAAUGCUUCUUCAGCAGCGCCGAAGAUAACGCGAAACAUAAAGUUAACGUUACUUUAAAUCUAUGUCCCGUCCAACAAGAAUCAAAGGAAAAUGAAACUACCCGUUCCAAAGAUGUGGUUGAAGAGACCGCUUUCACUAAUCACAUGUUUUUAGCGUCCUACGAUCAGGGGUAUUUGAAAAAAAUCAGCCAGGACAAUAAUUUAGAAACUGUGUUAAAGGAGCGAAAGAACAGAAUGUUUAAUCCUAGAUACACGACAGAUGCAGCCAUUUACAAACAGUUCGUCACUGAAAGUAGACGACAGGACAUGUUAGUGAUUGGGUGCCUUAUCGUUGAAAUAUUCCUUCACACCUACAUGCGUCCAUUAAGAUUAGCUAACGAAAAUUUUGUAGAAAGAUACAAUAGCUGUCGCACUAUACUGAAGUAUAACAUUAAUUCCAUGCCAAAAUGUGCGAGCUAUAUCGCGUGCCUUCUUCUAAACGUUAAACCGCCCAGUCUGAGUUCUAACAAUGAAUUAUCUCUCAACACAGAAGAUUCCAGGAAAAGAAUAAUUGUUACCGACAAGGGAUUACCACCGCCCACUCCGUCCCAGUUAUUGCAACCAUUAAUAAUGCAGCAUUUAAUACCGUUCCCUCAAAGUUUUAACCUUUUAUACAACCUUUUAGGUACUUUACAUGAAUACGAUCUUACUGGAAACGAGUUGCACAUUUUGUACACUUACGAAUGUGACGGGACUCAGUGCGAGAAAUACCAAAACGUCGACAAAACUAAGCUGUAUUUCACACAAAAAAUAGCCGAAGGAAAGAUACAGGCGUGUAUCACCCAUUUGGGAGUGCUAUUAAAUCAAGUCACUAACGAUAAUCAGUUUAAUAUCCUUGAUAUAUUCUUGCAACAUUACAUUAAACUACUAGAAAAUAAGGACACAUCGGUUCUAGCCGCUUGGCACUUGUUUGAUACAAUAAGCAAAGUGCUGGGGCCUGCUGAGACAAAUAAUAAACUUUUGAGGCACAUAUUAAAUCUCUACGAAGAUGACGAUUAUGUUUAUGACAAAUCAGAGCAUAAAUUGACCGAUGUUGACGCAAUAACCAACGCAGGGUUAGCUAAUAAACAGAAGUAUGUCAAACUUUACCAUCACAUAUUUCUUCUUCAAUUGAUGGUCAGAUUGGGUCUUCAAUGUUUCUUAGACAAUUUCACCCAACAUUUGGUAGAAGCUGUUGGUGGUUACAAAGAUGCGACUUCAGAAAGUGGAUCUCCUGGUCAUUUAUGUCACAACCGGGCAAUACUAAACAAGAAACCGAGAUAUUCUGACGAUAAUCUUAAAAAUGCCUUAACGUCAACAUCUGAUAUCUUUUCACCGGACACCUCUUACGGUUCCGAACAUGUCGUAACGCCAAACAUUGAUAAAAGUAUGUCAGAAGUUAAUGAAGUAUUGAAAGAUAAGGACCAGGAUAACAGAAGUGAAAAUGAGUUAUUUCAUUUCGAAAACGAUAAAGAUAGAAAUCCUAGUUGCAGUAGCCGAAGCAAAUCACCGUCAGGAUCAGUGGAUUCAAACACUAUGAUCAAGGACUCUAAUACUUUACAAACUCCUUCUCCGGCUGCAGAUUAUAUAUCUCCUGGAAACUCAAGAUUCUUCACAAACUGUUCAUCACCAAACUCGAAAGAAACUAGUGUAGUUAUCAUAAAAGACGAGAAUCAAGACGUAUUACCUGAUUCUAAUAAAGCGAUGUCACCAACUAUCGAUAUACCGAAACCCAUGUUUACCAGCUACUUCCAUUUCGCUCACGAAGUGUCAAAUUCAGAGGGCAAUGUUGCUGAAUCAAAGAAUGGGGAACCUAUACGACAAAUUAAAAGUUUAGAUCUAGGAAGAAAUGCAGAAAACAAAACAGUUGAGUUCCAAAUAAAGGAAGAAGAUCUUGAACAACCGUGUAACGAUAAAAGUGGUUAUAAAAUAUCGGAUAUGAGUUCUGAAAGCCUGAUUUGGUUGGCUCAUAGAUUGGGGCCGGUGCUAACAUGUAGAUACAUCACAAGGAAUUUGCUGAAGAUGCUAACUCUGUGUUAUAUUGGGAAAGAAAAUUUAGCGCCAUGGGAGGGGGAUGAAAACGACGAAUUCGAUGAGAUAUCUAUAGUGAACAGCAAAGUAGUGGGCGACAAAAACGCUAUGAAGGUUAUCAAAUGCCUCACUUCUAUUGUAGCGAUGUACGGCGAGCAGCUAAUAAUAUUCCAAUAUCUCCCACACAUGGGCGAGCUAAUAGCGUCGUGUCGACGUCGCUUGUCCGCGCCGCUGGAGGGCGGGGUGGUGGCGUGCUUGCAGCUAAUCAAAUACCUCCUGCCUUUUAUGUCCGAUGCCAAAGUUAUGGAGCAAUUGCAGGACACAUUUCUGAAAACAAUCCUCCAACCGGCGCUUCGCUUAGCGUCAACAACGCGGUGCGCGUACCCGAGCGGCGCGCCCGCGCGGUGUGCGCUCGCUCGUAAGCUGCUAGACGCGCUGCACGUGGUAGCGGUGCGGAUCGGGCCCGAGAUGACCAGGAAACACUUGUGUGUGCCCGCUCUACAAAGAUUUUUCUUAGCUUUCGACAAAGCAACGGGUAAAACAGAUAACUGGCCCAAACAAGACGAAAAUAAUGUCGACAAGUCUUCCGAGCAGGAUUCCGCGGAUUCAAAAUUAGAGGGAUUUUUAGAAAUUUGUCGUGACGGCAGCACGGCAGAAUGGGCGAUAAAGGACGGUAGAGUUGUGCGGUCCGAUUUGCCCGAACUAGCUUGCACGCCGCCAUCUUUUAACGACCGAUGUGACGUCACUACAUUGACCGUGCAAGAGGAACUUCUGAUGGUAUUCGACGCCGAGCUAGCGUACCAGUCUUACACGACCUUCGCUAAGUUCAUCGGCACCGACACACUGGAGCGGUGCCUGAAGAACAGCGAAACUAUACGAUCACUCUGUUCCAAGUACAGACAGACGCAUAUGAUCAGCUCACCGCUCCACAUAACGCGUCAAGACAAGCGUUUCCAAUCGUCCCUAAGCGAUGAACCUCUCAACAGACGAACUAUAGACAUCAUUCCGUCUAAACCUGACCCGGCGGUCGACCAUUUGUCGAACUCCAAUAGCUUUGGUUCCAACGUCACCUUAGUUGGCAACAGGAUAGAUGUGUCGAGUGACGCUUGUUUGGGCAGCGGCGGACAGGUGGACGGCUUUGACGUUGUGGCGUAUAAGAUGGACGCUGGCAUUAAGAGCGAUCGACAUCUCCGCGGCGAUUGGCUCAUUUACUGGGAGCACGAGAUCGGCCGUGCGGACAAGCAAACGCGGUUUAACCUCAAGCAGAUAAAACUGCAGACCUUCGCAGGACAUACCCACUGUGUCAAGUCCAUACACUGUCUUGACAAUGAGAACAGUUUCAUGAGCGGCUCCAAGGAUAAGACUGUUAAACUAUGGUCUUUGAGGAAUCAGGGCGAUGGCAACGCAACCACACAAUGCAACUGGACAUACACGGGGCACAAGAAAGGCGUGUUAUCUCUGACGUUCUUGGAGUCGCUUCGUUUGGCCGUCUCCACUGACUCUGUAGUUCACAUCUGGGAUCCUUUCAUGGAGAGUGUGGUGUCACAAUUAGACAACAUGAAGGCGCCUGUAAGCAUAGUGCGCACAUUGCCCGGCCCGUCUUGCGCGAUCGUCGCCGCUACCACUGACGCUACGCUGAGGAUCAUAGAUGCGCGGGCGCCGAAUUCUUCGCACGAGCUUAAGGUGGUGAGCGGGGGAACGUCGUUCAUUCGGUGUAUGUGCGUGAGUCCGGGCGGCGCGUGGAUCUGCGUGGGGCUCUCCAGCGGCCUGCUGGCGGCCUUGGACACACGCUCCGGCGCUCCCAAGGCCGUCUGGAAGGCGCACGAUGGAGAGGUAUUACGGCUAGCGGCAGUGGACGACCACAGAGUUCUGAGCUCAGGCCUGGAUCAGGUGACCGCUUUAUGGAAUGUUGACGAUGGAGAACUGAUUGCGCAUCUCAAAGGCAGCACCGAGCCCGUCCACUGCCUGUCCGUGUAUUACAACGAACUAAUAUCGGGAACUACGAACAAUCGUAUUGGAGUUCACACGUCCUUGGACCAGGAGGCCUCGUUCUCCAGUACUAAGCUACGAUCGGAUACGUUCAAAGGAGUCCUUACUUGUAUGUCAGUGUUACCGCUAAAUAGGUUACUGUUAUUAGGUAGUGAUAAUGGAACUAUAAGUUUGCUUUGCUGAUUCUAUUGCCGGGAACUUCAAACAAUAGUAUUGGAGUCCACUCUUCUUUGGACCAGGAGGCCUCGUUAUACAGUACCAAGCUACGAUCGGACUUGUUCAAAGGAGUCCUUACUUAUAUGUCGGUGUUACCGCUAAAUAGCUUACUGUUAUUAGGUAGUGAUAAUGAAAUAUGAGUUUGCUUUGCUGAUUCGUUUGUCGGGAACUACGAACAAUAGUAUUGGAGUUCACAUUUAUUUGGACCAGGAGGCCUCAUUCUUCAGUACUAAGCUACGAUCGGAUACGUUCAAAGGAGUCCUUACUUGCAUGUCGGUGUUACCACUAAAUAGGUUAUUGUUGUUAGAUAGUGAUAAUGGAACGAUAAGUUUGCUUUAAAAACUAUACCUACCUAUAAACUAAAUUAAACUAUAGAAAUAUAUAAAUAAGGGUCUUUUAAAUUUUAAGAGUACAACCCAUUAAUAUCUUAAAACCCAUCUUCAAAUUUAAGGGACUCUUAAUCCCUAAAUAUUUAAAAACACCUUGCUCAAACUAUGAGUGUUUGUAUUUCCAACCAUUUUAAUUUUGGCAUUUGUAACUUCCAUAGCCCUUCCAUUGCAUCAUCACCUACCACCAGGUGAGAUUGCAGUCAAGGGCAAACUUGUAUCUGAAUAAAAAAAUUAAAAAAUUGCGUUUCUGGUGGGUUACGUCUAAACGCUGUCAGACCAAACAAACUUUGACCAGUUAUAAGUUACUCCAUAAUCAUUCCAUAAUAUCAAUACAGCAUAAUAAUUAUGUAGAUGUAUAAAAGUAAGAAACUUAAGUACAUAUUAGUAUAGUUUUAAGUUUUAUAUUACAUUGUGUUUAUAGAGCAAUAAUAUAAUAUUGAAUAAUAGCCUACCCAUGGGAUGAAGUUAGUAACCAAUGUCAGAUCCAAAAAUCUAAGUGGACGCUAACCAUUUUGAGUCACCAACCAAUCCCAAACAUGUUUUCGAAAAUAUUGUAAAUUCAAUUCGUUUUUUUUUU